AUGUCAUAUGAUGGUAGAUACUCAAAUCAAAUAGACAAUAUAUUGAUAAAUGAAAGAUUCGCCAACAACAUAACGGAUGAAAGAACGUACAGGGGAACUGACCGUGACUCGGACCAUUUUUUAGUAGCAAGUGACCUUAGGGUCAAGCUAAAAACAAUGAAUAGGAAAAUAAAUUCGGCAACUGUCAAGUAUGAUGUAGAGAAACUCACGGACAGUAGGAAAGUGAGGGGGUUUCAAGAAAAUAUGCAGUAAAUGGUACGGGAAGUUAACUCGAGUCCUGAAACAGUAGAAAAAGUAGUAGAAAAAAAAAACGUGUGCAUUUUUAUGGAAUGCGAAUUUAAAAUUUUAUAUUUUCAAAUCGAUUCAAGUAGCACGCAUUCAAAUUUGUUUACAUCUGAAAUAUAAUAUUAUGCAACAAUAGUUAUAAAACAUAGUAUAAUGUUCGAAUGAAAUAUUUUAAAAAUUACUUAAUUUUUUUUUUUGACACAGGUUCUCGUGUGCGUUUCUAUAUAAUAAUAUAUAUUAUAACAACGAACGGUGUAUACGUGAUUGCCGGAUGAAAUUUUUAAUUUAAACGGUUUUCGGAAUAAUAAUAAUAAAAAGUUUACCACGGAUAAAACGUAUUGCGACCGCUGCACUAUCGUAUUACACGUAAAAAAAAAAAAAAACUUUUUAUCGUUUAGGAAAUCUCCGGAGAAUUUAUACGCCCCUGUCAGUAAUUAAUGUUAAAAAAAAAAAAAAAAAAAACGAGAAGGUGCAGCGCGAUCCGUGUUCCGUAUACAAUAAUUUCCCGGCCGUUUGCCCUCGCGACCGCAUUUACAUAAGAAAUUAAUUUCAAACACAUUUUUAAACCAAGGUUCUCGUUUUUUUUUUUUUUUCUACCCAGAUUUAUGAGCCGAUUAACGACGUUAUCACAACGAUAACCUCCACGUACCUAUAACGCAUGUAUAGUGUACACCACGAAAAAACCGUAACCUGCCAGCUGCCUGCCUACACUACACUUCACGUCUUACGAGACGCGAUAAAAAAAAAAAAAAAUAAAUAUUUUAUGCCGCGGUGUAAUAUACGCAUAACGAUAUAGGUAUACGCCGUACACGCGGGCAUUAUAGAAACUUUCGAAACGGUCAAACAGGUAUAUUACAACGAUUAUUAUAAACUGUACGGGGAUUAUAUUAUUAUAAAGUCGGGGCGUUACACGUUCGUACGGACAUUGUAAAACACUUAAAACCCGAAAACCUUAUAGCCGUAAAAUGCGUAUUACACACGACAGUGUGAAGCGUCGUAACCGUAAUAAUAUAUCGUAAAAUAGUCACGAACCGCUGAGACAAAUCAUGACCGUCAUCGGGGACGACGGGAAAUAUCGUUAAACGCGUGCGAGUGUUCGCUGAAUGUAUUGCGGAUACUAAACUCGCGAAUAGCGGUGUGUAUAAAAGCUUUAGUUGGUUAGAUUUUUUCUAAAAAAAAACUGCACUCUUUAUGUAGGUGCCGAACUUAAAUAACAAGAGAUAUUAUUUUUCUUUUAUUUCCACGCCGAAACUGUCGUUUCGUAUGUUACUGUGACGGUGUGUUUGAGUUCACUGUUCACGUGGAUUACUCACGUGUAAAUACUAUCCACUGUUGUUACACUCAUACAACUGAAUAUAGUGUUUCUCUCCGAAUUUAUAAAUUUAUUAUUAUUUUUUUUUUAAUCGCAUGACUCAGACACAAACGACGUAUACGCUCAUAAGCAGAGGUCGAAGUGGGGGGAUACGGGUGAUACGGGGGACGACAUCCCACCACUUAUCAUAAUCUACAAUUAUCAUCCCCCUUUUAAACAUAUACAAAGAUAAUCGAUUUAUAUUGGUGUUUUUAUAUCACAAUAUGUCAUUAUAGUUUAUAGACUAUAGUAAUGACCAAUGUAUAAAAAAUAGUUAAGUUUUAGAUUCCGAGCGUAGCGAGGUUUUACUAAGAUGUUUUUUUUUUCUCUUCUAGUCUGAAAGCUCCGCCACCACCAACCAAACUGUAUGUGCCACCGAGUCGGUCGGCAGGGCCAGAUUAAGCACGGAGUCUAGGAGUCCAAGCCCGGUAAACUCUUAA